UUGGUUGAACAGGUACAACUAGUUACAAAUCCGAUACAUUUAGUUGAACUUUCUAUCAAAAUACCUACUGCCUUGAAAUGUCUUACGGAUCACCAUCUUAUGGAGCGGGUUAUGGAGGCUCUGGCGGCUACGGAGGUUCUGGGGGUAUUCCUCCUCCACCUCCCCCUCCAGGUCCCCCUUCGAAAAAGUAUCCAGGAGUGUCUUAUUUCAAGGCCCCAGAACCUCCCGCCGACCCAUUGAGUGGUAGUUACGUGGGUCAGGCAAAGCAGCCAAUUUAUUGCGACUUAGAAGUGGAUCUGGAUCAAAUUCGAAAGUAUUGUCCAGUACUGAACGUCGUCAGUGGAACGGUUCUUGACCAGGAGAAAUCGCAAACACUUUGGUCCGGGGACGCCACCGCUGCCCAUUUUCGUAGCGAAAAUGACGUGAAGGUGACAGGCUCCGGUGGAAAGUAUGAUGCAAAGUCUACCGUGACUGUAACUUUGAGCACUGGACGAAUGCUCUCAGGAGAAUUCACGGGAACCUUUGAGAAAGUUCAAAGAGACUGGACAGGAAAAAUCAAGCUUAAUUUCGGAAAAACAUGGGUCGAAUUCAUCAUGAAGCGAACGAAUAAGCUCUUUCGGGAAGUUCACUUGGAUAUUGACUACUCUAUUGACGAAGUAGUAUGGCCGUCAGUUACCAUGUCACAUUUGGAUACCUUUCCCAAAGGUAUGAAGAGAAGAACUUUGAGUCUCUAUUCCGCAUUUGAGGACGCCGGCAUAGAGCUUCACUACGCAGCUGGGAACGGACAAAAGGUUGAGGAUCCGACUCCCGAUUCCGGGUGGACAAAGAGUGAUUUGUAUCUUUUAAUGGGGGAGAAGUUUAAUCAGAAGGAAGAUGCUGACACCAAUAUUUGGUGCAUGAUGGGGAAGAAGCCUCCAAACAAACGUGACGUCGGUUACUCAUUUGAUCGAAAUGGAAAAACCGGAUUUGGAAUAUUCUUGGGACAUCCUGCUUUCGAAGGAUAUGAUUCGAAGGAUGGUCGAAUAAAGAACAAAGCUGAGCGUUGUUUGCUGCAUUAUCUUGUGCAUGAAAUCGGUCUCGCUCUCGGACUUGGUCAUUCAUACGAACGAGGUGAAGAGGAUUCUCUUUCUUGGAUGAAUUAUGACUGGAAAUAUGACAAUAAAUACAAAAAGGCGGGUGCGUUUUACAAAAACUUUCAAUAUCGGUUCAGCGAAAAGGAAUUGAUGAUCAUUAGACAUGGUCCAGGAAAGUAUUUCAAGAAAGAAGCUUCUCCCUACACAAUGAGAAAAACCGUAGAAUAUCCUUACGGAGAUUCUUCAUAUGCCCCGGAUAACAAACAGGCUGAUGACUCUGAUGAUAGCGAGGAUGAAUUGGAAGGAGGAUAUGGAGGCGGGUAUAAGAAAUCUUAUGGCGCCAAAAAACCAAGACUUCAGAAACCAAAUCGGAAGUUGGAAUUGAAAUUGAAUAUGAGGAGCAAUACUUACACCAAGGGAAAUUUGGUCGAUUACGAAGUAAAAGUCAAAAAUGUUGGAAAACUGGCCGCAAUGAUUGAUGGUGAUCUUUCUGUGGCAGGUGGAAAUGUACAAUUGUACGUGACAGGACCGACAGGCGUAGAAGAGGUGGUUGACCCGUACGUUAGACCAAUCAAAUCGUCGUACACUAAACCGCGUGUCUUGUAUACCGCCGAAGACGACGAGGGAGCGGAUCGUCUGAGCGACUAUGGUUCGGUCGGCGCUAGCAAACAUGGAUAUAUCUUUGAUAAAGUUGGCACAUACACUGUCCGGGCAAAAUACGCGGCUGGAAGAUACAACGUAACCUCAGAUUCCUAUUCGUUUGAAAUAAAGGAACCCGAACUUGAUGACACGGAGGAAAAAGAAACUAUGGCCGAGGUAACAGAAAUGGCUGAACUGGGAGGUUCUACUUAUGGGGGCUUCAAAAAAGCCAAGAAAUACUUCGAGAAUCUUUCCAAACAACCCACGGAGAAAAAAGUUAGCCAAGUGACAUCCCUGAUUGCCCUCUUUGAAGGAAUGAGUGAACCCCAAGUCAGCUACGAGGGAAAACCAGAAGAGGGUGGAAAACUGGUGAUAAAAGAGCCUGCGAGAUCAUCUGCUUAUUUGCUUAAAGAUACUUCUGAUGUUGUCGGAUAUUACCACAGCCAGGGUGGCAAGAACGACAAUCAAGUGUACGCGAAACUUGUCAUGGCUCGUGCUUCUCUGUAUCUUAAAGAAAAAAAGAUUAAAGAGGCAGAUGCCGAAGUAAAUCAGCUGUAUGGAGAUCUUAUAGAUCGUGGUGUUAAAUAUGAUGUGCUGAAGGACAUUGCUAAAAAUUGGAAAAAGAAAGCUUUGGGCAAGCCUGAAGAAGAGAGAAAAACUCCAGACUAUUACCAGACAAAAGUAGAAAAAGUGCUUGAUUGGAAACCACCAAAGAAAGAAUAUGGGGCAAAUGAUAUCACUGGUUUGGGAAUUGGAACACCAUUCAGCGACUUUAAUGACCAACACAAAGCAAAAACUGAGGUGGUGUACAAGAUGCUAUUGAACAAGUACGAUGAGACCAAAAGUGUUCCAGCUGUUAUGAAAUACGCAAACUCUUUGCAACAAGGUCGAGAAGUAAAUGCGGAUGCUCUUAAAUAUUCUGUUCGGGGAUUCAUCUUACAUACCAAGGAUGUGAAAAAAGUAGGAGUCAGAUAUCCGGAUCCUAAAAAAGAAGAACCUCCCAAAUAUGAUGUACCACAAAGAUUUUUCAGAUCUGGUGAACCAAAAGAACUCUGGAUGGAUUAUUGGAGAAAUGAUGCCGAACUGAACAAUCACCACCAAUAUUGGCACGAUACGUACAAUUACUACAACCAAGGGCCGCAUCUUAAAAGACGGGGAGAAUUAUUUGGAUACAUGCAUUGUCAGAUGUUGGCACGUUAUGACGCUGAACGUGAAAGUUGGGGAAUGGAAAGUGUGCAGCCGUAUGAUUUGGAUGAAAAACCGGGUUCAUACGACGCGGGCGCUACAUUUGAAUUGGAAACCGGCUAUUCAGACAGAAUUAGCAAAAAAAUGUCCGAGGUUGACCGAAAGGAUGUCAAAUCAUGGGUGGAAAACUAUAUGAAAGUGAUUGAAAAUAGAGAAGAAUACGAAACCGAAGACGUAGAAUUCGAUGGCAACUGGGCCGGGUCAGUCUUGGAAAGCUACAAUUAUGAGGAAACGAAUAAACAUGAUCUUGGAAACAUACAUAACUUUGGCCAUAUGAAACUCAGUCAAAUGAACGAUGAAAAUGAGGUGGGUGGCAGUUACAUGGGAAGUACUGUGUGCGCAAUACGUGAUUAUAUAUUUUAUCGAUGGCAUAAAUUUGUCGAUAAUCUGUGGCAACUCAACAACGACUACAUGCACGCAAACUUGGAGGAAACUAAAGCUCCAAUCAUUAUUACCAAAGAAGAUAUCCGAAUAACAACUUCGGAUAAACCGAGCUUUGGCUCGGGCAAGAUUGAAGUCAUCAAAACCCAGCUCAUCAAGCCAUUCAUGAAAUUUGAGAAGCAUGACAAACUCACUCACGAACCUUUCAAUUAUCACUUCCGAUUGAAGAGAGACAGCUCAGCAGCUAAAGAAAAAGUGAGAUGCACAAUCCGCGUAUUCAUCUGCCCCGAGAGACAUGCAAAUAAAAGGAACCACUGGAUCGAAAUGGACAAAUUCGUGCACGAAUUUACUGGGAAAGAAACUGUGGUCACUCGAAGAGACAUCGAGUCUUCUGUGAUUAAGAGAAAGCCAGAAAUGUUUGAAAAAGCAGAAGAAAACAAGUUUACCAGAAUGGUCGGGGGUUGGUGUGAGUGUGGAUGGCCUUACUCUAUGCUACUACCGCGUGGAACCAGGGAGGGAGAGAAGUAUGUUGUAUGUGUUGUGGUCACCGACAAUGAUAAGGACAUGAUAAAGACAACAAAUCAUUGUGGUAGCAUGAGCUAUUGUGGAUCCAGAGAUAUGGAGUACCCAGACUUACUACCAAUGGGUUAUCCGUUCACUUGCAAUGUUACGGGAUCUUCAGAAAAAACUCUACUACAAAUGCUACAAGAGCAACCCAACGUUGCAUUGGCGCCAUUCAUCCUUCAGAACGGACCGUCUUGGAGAGAACUCAUUGAUUCUACUAUUGUUGACAGACCCCCGCCAUAUCCACCUGUUAAGUCGAAUGUCAUCUGGCCAAACAGUAAAGCACAGCUGUCCAUGCUUAUGGAAAACCCAUUCAUGACAAGUGGCGCGGUUGGAACAUUUAGAAUUGUACUUCGCCAAGGCGAAUACAACGCAACAAAAUCCACCUUCAGAGUUGUCUUUAGUGGGCGUGGCGAAGGCAAUGGAAGUUAUGAGAUCAUCGGUGCAGAGAUUGGAAAGAGAAUUCGUCCCUUCCCCAAAACCGAUCCGAGCCGCAGAAAACCAAUAUUAGUGAAUGGUCAGAAAAAUAUCAAUGUUCCGGAAUCAGGCGUGACUUCUGACCCGAUAACUAUGGGAUUGGAUGGCUCCAGCGAUUAUUACAUCACUUUUGUGUUGAAUUCUUCUGGCGCAUUCAAAAAAACCAAGGGCGGAAUAGUCAAUACUCGAGCCAUGAAAAAUGUAUCAUUUUUUGACGAUGAUUUCUCUUUAUUCAAGGGAGAAAUCUCUAAGCUCUCCACUGUCUAUUGCGUGAAGAAGAUCAUCGAAUAAAAUGGUCGGAAGCAACAAAAUGCAAAAAAGUUAUCUAUAUAUAGCUCACUAUAAUCAAUUUGAGCAUUAAAGAUGGCUUUCUUAGUAAUACAUAUAUAUAACUAGAACUUAGCAUACUUAGAAAUUGUAAGAACAUUUAGGCAACCUAAUUUGCCUGUGAUAUUAGAUAACCAAGUUGUUUUCAUUUUCUUUAGUUAUGUCAUUAUAUUAACCUAUUAACCUGUAUUGAUAUAAAAUAAUUGCUUUUAAAAUUGGAUAAAAUCCAGAGUUCAUCGAAUUUGUUUUCAAAGAAAAACUAGUGAGAAAAAUAUAAUUUAUUCAUCAAUCAAUAACUUUUCGCUAAGCGAGUUUGGCUAUAUCUUUUAAGCACUUAUCUGAGCAUGAAAUGCUUCUGUGAAUAAAUUAAACUGCUAGAUAAAAGAUACAACCACUAAAGAAACAUUUUCAAAGAAAACAUUUUAAUUUUGAUUGAUUUCAAAUUGGUUAAUAUCGUUAAAUAUGCACAUUUACUUUGCUAUAGCUUGAACCUGCUUUUACUUUGUGUAUUCAUUUAUAUAGCUAUUAUGUUUCUAGAGUGUGAUAGAAAAUGGAUGACCAUAAGUUUUCGCAUGUGAAAAGUAAAUGAUUUGUGAUUAGUAUGUGAUGUGGCAAAAGGAUGUGGCGUUUAAUGUCGGUUUCAUUUUUGACGAUUGUUUGAUUAGAUGCACAUUUAUCCACUGAAAUAGAGUUAUUGUAGAAUAAAUAGUUAUGCAGAAUA